CUGUAUACAGUUCUGGGAAAUUACUGCCAAGAAUCGAUUUUCCAACACCAGCGUUUUGUUAUUUUCUUCCAGCGGGUGGUAGCGGUGACGUCAGCACGCAUACGCACACCCUACACACUCACUUUCCGUCCGCGCAACUCAUUUUAUGACGUCGGUAAUCGGUCGCACUACAAGCUCGGUGCUGCAUCAUCACAUCAAACACUGCUGGUCCGCUACGCGUAUCAUCGGUGUUAGCAAACAGUUCGCAAACGUCCGACAAUCGGUACUUCCGCUACCCAGCAAACCAACCAGUGCACCCGUGUGUCCCUUUGGUACGAAGUUUAGCAUAAUGGGAAAGCCAAAGGUUGUGUUCGUGCUUGGUCCGCCCGGUUCCGGCAAGGGUACGCAGUGUGAAAAGAUUGUGAAAGAGUUUGGCUAUACGCAUCUUUCUGCCGGAGAUUUAUUGCGCGAGGAACGCAACCGGGAAGGGUCCGAGUAUGGGGCACUAAUAGAGGACAACAUCAAGAAUGGACGGAUCGUGCCGGUAGAGAUUACCUGCGCCUUGCUGGAAAACGCUAUGAACAAAACGAUUCAGGCAACCGGUAACGAUCGAUUCCUGAUCGAUGGAUUCCCUCGCAACGAGGACAAUCUGCAGGGCUGGACGAAAAAGAUGGCCGACAAGGUGGAGCAGCAGUUUGUGCUAUUUUUCGAAUGUUCCGAGCAACAGUGUACCGAGCGGUGUCUGAAGCGGGGCGAAAGCAGUGGCCGUUCGGACGAUAAUGCGGAAAGCUUGAAGAAACGGUUCAACACCUAUAUCAACGAUACGGUAGCAAUUAUCAAACACUACGAAGAGUUACAGUUGGUAAAGAAAAUCGAUGCCAGCGCCGGUCCGGAUGCGGUGUUCGAACACGUGAAAGCUAUCUUCGGAGAGCAGAAGUAAGCCAAUGUAAAGGGAAAAAAGAAACCAACAUGCUUAGAAAGAUUGUACACGCUAUUUGAUAGAUCCCCGUUGUUGUUGUCAUAUCAUUAAACAGACGCCCUAAGCAAUGCUGCUUACUCUAUUGGUCGGUCUUCGGAAGGUAUUGUAAAAGGAUGUUCUAACUGUCCGCUUAGAGCCACCGUGUUACAUUCCUAGGUAUCGUCAAAGAAUCCCGCAACACAUUCAAACAAUGCAAAACCGUACGAGCGGAUUCUUUAAAUGGUUCUUGUUAAACACUUCCUUUCCUCGAAUAUGGACACUUAUCCAUUUCAAAAAAAAUUCUGACCAAACUUAAUGUAAUAUGCGACAAUUGCACAUCCGUUAUUAUGCAAUCCUAAUUUGCAGACAAUUCUACCGUAAUGUAAGCAAACAAGCAAAAGUAUUAACUUCCACGCUAGAUUCAUUCUGUGUCGUUAAAAAGGCCAAUGGUCGUCACCAGCAAAGGUGUUUAGUCGAAUUGGAAGAAUAUGUACACGUAAAAUGUACAUUACGCCUUUGUUUUUUAUUUGUUUGCAGCACGUAUUCUUUCUUCUUUAAAUACUAUUUUUACUACAACUAUUGUGUUUUUAAUGUUUUAUGUGUGGGGUCCGGUUCGCCAUAACACUUUAUCCGGUAAUGGUUUUUUUUUCGUGAAGCUUCUGCACGAACGGCGGUCAGCGGUAAACGAAUUCAAUGGAUGGAUAAUAAAUAAUAGUAGAAAUAUACGAUUGAAUGUUAUGGACAUAAAA